CUGUCCAGUAAGCCCUUCAGCAUCCUCAGUGUGCUGGAGACUGAGAUCUGCAUCACUUACACAAAAGAAAUCAGAAACACCAGACGCCGAAAUUACAGCUUGGACAAUCUUGUGACUAAACCCAGAGAUAUUUCUGCUGUUGUAUGAUUUAGAAGGAAAGAAAGAAAUGGGAGCAGCACUGCCAAAGCCUGUACAACCUGCGGCACCAACGUAUAACCCAGAAUUUGACAAACCAUGGAGGGACUUUAAAUGGGAUCAGAAAUCAGAACUGAAAAAGCAUCUAGAAGAAUUCAGUCUGAGUAAUCCAGAUGUGAAGCACAUCAGGAUUCUGGUUGCUGGACCAAUAGGAGCAGGAAAGUCCAGCUUCAUCAACUCUGUCAAUAACGUCUUUCAAGGACUGAUCACCUCUGAAGCACCAGCUAAUUCAUCUUCUAGCCAUGGUGAAAGUUUCACAACAACAGCGAUUCCUCAAGUGAUUGUCAUGACUAAAGUGGAUGAAGCAUGUCCCCUGGUGAACAAAGAUCUAAAGAAGAUCUACUAUAGCAAGAAGAUCAAAGAAAAGAUGCAGAUAUGCCAUGACAAAUUGGGUGUGCUGAUGUGCAACAUCUUCCCAGUGAAGAACUAUCAUGAAGAGAUUGACACUAAUGAUAAAGUUGAUGUUCUGAUUCUGAAAGCUCUGGAUCAGAUCGUUCGGCUUGCUGAUGAUAGAUUGUUUAAUAGCAGUGGCACACUGUUAAACUGACUCUACAAGUCAUUUCUAUACACAAAUCUAUAGUAUAAUGCAAUGUAAGUCACUUUGGAUAAAAGCGUCUGCCAAAUGCAUUAAAAAAAAAAGAAAAUUCAACUUGUGUUAAAUCUUGACUAGUGAUGAACUGCUAUAACUCAUGAAAUUAAAAUUGCUUAAAUUAUUUUUGAGUUAAUGUAAACAUGUGUUGCCAUUUUUUGCGCUGAAGAUAUUGACAGAAAAGUCACAAAGUACAAUAAAACAUUAUUAAAAAUAUAAAAAAUAAAACAGCAGCUGUUUAUUUUACUGCUCACUGGAUUGGUUAUUGCAACACUAUAAGGUCAUUUCUUUUAAUGAAUAAAUUGUCGGAGCUUGUGGCCGUAUGGACAGUGCUCUAGAGUGCACUUCGGGCAACCUGUGUUUAAAUCCUGCUCUUGGUCCUGUCCCGAUCCUGCUACCCAUCGCAGCCUCGGGUGACUUAUACAGAUGUAAUCAUUGUGAAAUCAUCUAAAU